GUGCAAAAUGGCAGCGAAGAAAAGGAAGUUUUCCGAAGAUUACGUUAAGUUUGGAUUUACCUUCAUAGAAAAAGGCGAGUUACAAUUGCCUCAGUGUGUGAUAUCUAUGAAUGUUUUAAGUAAUGAUAGCAUGAGGCCCAAUCGCCUUGGAAGGCAUUUGAAGCAACAAUAUCCGUCUCUGGUUUUGAAGACGAAAGAGUUUUUUUCUUCUAAAGCAGAAUCACUCAAGCGGCUGAGACUGGAUAAAUCGGGAAGUUAUCCCACAGCUUCAUUUGAAAUAGCUUUUAUGGUAGCAAAGCAAAAGAAACCUCAUACUAUCGAUCAAGAAUUAAUAAUGAAGAAUUAAUAAAACCAUGUGUCCUAAAAGCCACGCGGAUAAUUUUAGGAGUAGUUGCAGAGCAAAAAAUGAAGUAUAUUUCUCUCACAGUCAAGCGUAUAAUCGAUGACAUUGCAGCAGACAUAAAGUCACAAAUAAUUAAUAAAGUAAAAUUAUCGCCAUUAGUUGCGAUGAAU